AUUGUUCUUUACUAAAUUAUCAAAAAAAGUUGAAUCUUUUUACCACAAAAAUCUGUUCUUUGCUACAGCACAAGCUGGAUUCCACCUUGCGUCCAAGCAAAGCCUCAUCGGUAGAGAGAUCGAAAGAGGCAGAGGUAAGGGAUUACAGAUAUGGAGAGAAAGAUGAGAGAGACCUCGGCUAAUGGUCUUUCAUGGCGGUGCCUUGUAUUCUUCGUUUCAAUUGCUCUGCACUUCGUCUUAGGUCUAUCUGGUGAUUCCAAGGAUGCAAGUAAAGGAGCUAAAGCAGAGUCUCACACUUCUUCCAGCAAAACAGGGACAAAAGUAAUCCUCAUACUGGUCGGAUUAGUGGCUGUAGCUAUGUUCUCCUUCUUCCUAUACAAGCUAUGGCAGAAGAAGAAAAGAGACGAGCAGUAUGCUCGACUCUUGAAGCUCUUUGAGGAAGAUGAUGAACUGGAGGUUGAAUUAGGCCUUCGAGAUUAAGAAAACGAAAACAUACAAUUUGUCAACACAAUUCCUUUUGGUAAAUUUGUUUGUGUUGGCAUGUUCUUUUACAUGUAAGAUAAAUAGAUUCAUUCAAACUCCAAAAGACUCGAAAUGAAAUUAUUGUUUGAAGUCACAUGAUUCA